AUGGCCGGAAUAAUUGACGACAAGUCUCAAUACUGCCUUCCAUUUCUUUUGGAGCAAUUGAAAUUACACGGACAAAGACAUGCACAUGAUUCCAAUCCUCCGCCCUUCUUCGUCGGACUUAAUGGCGUCCAAGGUGUGGGGAAGACAGUUUUGGUCGCCAUACUGCGCUCCACCCUCUCUUCUCCACCAUAUAAUCUCCCCACGAUAGCCUUCUCCCUUGAUGACAUCUAUCUCAACCAUACAGAUCAACUACGCCUGGCUGCCUCGCAUCCUUCAAACCCCCUCCUCCAACACCGUGGCCAGCCCUCCACGCACGACAUCCCUCUUGGCAAGUGGAUUUUCAGUUCCCUCCGCCGAGGAUUACCCACCAAAAUACCUGCAUAUGAUAAGUCGGCUUUUAAUGGACAGGGUGAUCGAAUUCCGGAAAGCAGGUGGGAGAUCGUCAACGAUGUUUCUGCUGGCCAAAGGCCGGUUAAGGUGGUGAUAUUCGAGGGUUGGUGUGUUGGGUUUCGAGCUCGUCCGGAGGAAGAAAUUCGCAAGGUGUGGGAGUAUGCUGUGCAACAGUGUAAACAGGAUUUAGUGGGGUACAGGGGUCGACUGGGAUAUGUUAGGUUUGAAGAUGUAAAGGUGAUCAAUGAUGCGUUGAGGGGCUAUGAUGCUUUUACUGAUGAUGCUGAGGAUACCCAUUUCGUAUAUGACUGGCGCCAGGAGCAAGAGCAAAACCUGAUUGCGGUGAAGGGGUCGGGAAUGACAGUUGAGCAAGUUAAUAAGUUUGUUGAUGGAUACUAUCCCUCGUACGAACUUUUCACGAAAACCCUUCGCAAAGGGGUAUUCGCACCCAGACAAGAGUCCGGCCAGCCUGAGUCGUCUGAUGAUUCGUGGAGAGGUAGACAGUUACGGCUGAUUGAUACUGGGGCCAGAGGGGAAGCAAGUGAAUAUCAGCCUGAAAUUUUCACCCUCAUCGUAGACACAGAAGAUUUCUCCGUCGAAUGA